AUGACUCAGCAGCUACAGGAUGAAUUUGACAGUAGCGUGGAGAAUGCGGAAGCUUGGAUGAAGGCCAUCCACGAGAGACUGAGGAUCAUUGACAACACCGAGGGUCCUCUGUCUGCCCUAGAAGCCCGACUGAGAGAGACUGAGAAAAUAUGUGCACUGGAACCAGAAGGCAACUUGAAAAUCGACUUGAUUCGUGGGAAGGCAGAUGUUGCACUUCGCAACAUCCCUGAUAGGAAGUGUGAGGUAUUAUCUAAAGUGAAAGACAUUAAAGACUUGUGGGAAGAGACAGCCACAUACAUUACUCACUGUCACAGCCGUAUUGAGUGGGUCUGGCUGCUCUGGACUGAGUACCUGAAAGCCCAAGACAAGUUUUACACAUGGAUUCACAACAUGAGGGUGACCUUGAAGCCUGACAUUGAGUUACCACUUGGCUUAAAGGAGAAGCAGUGGCAGCUGAGCCAUGCUCAAGUUCUGCUGAAUGGUGUCUUAAAUUGGUCACGCCUGCUGGAAACGAUGCUAGAGGAAGCUGCUUCCUUGUUCAGCAGGACAGGUGACCCCAGCGUUGAUGAGGAUGUUCAGAAGAACUUAAGAGCGGAAUAUAAAACAGUCAGAGCAGAAGCUCAGAGUCGAGUGAAACUGCUUAAGAAGAUAACCAAGGAACACGAGCAGUACAGCACUAACGUCAACCAGUUCCUAUCGUGGCUGUAUGACACGACAGAAGCAUUAUUCAGGAUUGCAGUAGAAACCAAGCCUUUUGCAGAGGACAAGUUAAAGACACUGAAGAAAAUUGCCAAAGACAUUAGGAGGGGUGAAGAGAAAUGGAAGCACCUUGAAAAUCAGUGUGCAGCGGUGAUUCAGAAUACCUCCCCACUCGGAGCUGAGAGAAUGAAGAAUGAACUCAAAGAGCUAAGAAAAGCCUUAGAGGAUUUGAAACUGCUGAGUAAGGAGGAGGAGAGAGUGCUCAAGAUUCCACAGUCAGACAAUGCCUAUGAGCCCCAAGCCAAACAAUUAGAAGCAGACAUCUUGGACUUCAGAAAAGAUCUAGAGAGACUAAAAAAUGACCUGAACCUUAGGGAAGGGGAAGAGACUGAACCUGAGUUUGUAACUCUGUGGAGAAAACGCAAUGCAAGAAGAGCAGCUCUGGCUGCAGAAAGGUCCAAGAUUGAGACGCCGGGGGAUCAGCUUAAGGAACUACCACCUGCUUCCCAAGAUGAGCGGUCGCAUGCUGAGUGUGUUGUCUCUGCAAUACAUUGGUAUCGAAGUGUUAUAGAAGAGAGGUUUGAAAUGAUCACUGAUACAGACACUCAACUGAGAAGUCUCUUCGAGAAUCUCCUGCAAGACUUUGGACAGUUUAAACUAUUGGUCCAGGUGCUCCUGGAGACUUCGGAGCCAGCACUGGCUGACAUUGAGGCUGCUCUAGCUAUAAGCUCCCAGUUCGAAGAGGAGUUGCUGAUAUUACAGUUGAAGAAAGAUUUCCUAAACGGUGUCCUUGGUGAGGAAAAAGCAAAGUCUUUCCUGGAACAAGUAGCUGAAGCUUCAAAGGAGAGAGAAAUUCUACACAAAAGUCUGCUGCAAAGCAAGAGCAAACUCCAG